AGAGAGAGGGAGAGAGAGAAGCAACUCUAUCCACUUUUCCAAGUUAUGUAUAACGAACAAAAAGAGAUUGCACCUGGAACAACUUGGCAGCCAAGGCAACUCACAGAAAGCAAAGAAUUGAGGAACAAUAUUCAGCUCAAAGUCUCUAAAAGAAAAUCUUAACCGCAAGCCAUCUUCUUAUUCUUUCCCUCUGGUGUGUUUUUAUCUACCCUCUUGUCACAAGGCCUUGUCCUAGCAAGCACUGAAACCAUGGCCUCUUAUAAACUGAGCUUGUUUCUCCUGGCGCUUCUCAAUUGCUUGCUCUUUCUUUCUCAUCCAGCAUCUUGUAAUGAAGAAGAAGACAAAAUUUUCCAAGGACUUAACAGCUUCAAGCAAUCACUAAAGAAGAACAGCAAUGCAGAAUGUCUAGCUGAUGAAAUUGCAGAUGAGCUAGAAGACCAGCCAUGUUCCAGUGCAGACGACUACGCCAUAGAGCCAGGCAAUGGCCCAAAAUUCCCAAAAUUCAACAAGCUCAUCAAGAAGUGCCACAUAGACAUCAACACCACCACAGAUGGUAUCAUCUUGCCCGUUUGUGUGCCCAACUGGGACCCAGAUCUUGUGAUAAAAAACUACACUCACACCCAAUAUGCCAAAUAUCUGAAUGGUUCUAAGUACACAGGAGCUGGGGUUGGCACUGAGGAUGAUUGGGUGGUGGUUGUGUUGAGCACUGACACAGAAAGUGGAAGCUUUUCUGGUGCUCCUUCUUUGGCUGCAAUUGGCAUGGUUCAUUACAUGAUGGCCAUGUUGCUGGGGUUGUUCUUGAUUUUGCUCUGCUGAAUUGCUCUCCUGUUUUCUCUGAUUAUGUGUUGGUGGAAUUUGUGAAAAAAUAAUGAUGUGAUUUUACCCUUCUCUUAA